CGUGUGACCCGGAAGCAGUCGUCUCGGGGAAUCUGCGCAGAACGUGAGAAUCCUCCUCGGCCCAGCUGGAGUCCGGGGGGGUCCGACAGACCGGGAGACCGAGGUUAAAAGGCUGUUUAGGAACAUAAUCGGUAUGAUAUCAUGGAGUACGAUUGACGUCCUGAUGAGGCAGCAAAGGCUAGGGAUAUUGAUGGCCAGAUCUAUUGAUCACAUGGUCUUCUAAAGAAGCAAUGGGUAGCUGUUGUAGCUGUCCAGAUAAAGAAACUUUACCCGAAAACCAGCAAAACAGAUUUAAAGUUAUUAAUGUUGAUGAUGAUGGUAACGAGCUGGGCUCUGGAAUAAUGGAGCUGACUGAAAAUGAACUGGUUUUAUACACCCGCAAGAGAGACUCCGUCAAAUGGCCCUACCUCUGCCUUCGCCGUUAUGGAUAUGAUUCAAACCUCUUUUCUUUUGAAAGUGGCCGCAGGUGUCAGACAGGACAAGGAAUAUUUGCUUUCAAAUGUGCCCGUGCUGAAGAGUUGUUUAACAUGCUGCAGGAGAUCAUGCAGAAUAAUAGCAUUAGUGUUGUGGAGGAACCAGUAGUUGAAAGAAACCCUCAAACAGAACUGGAUGCUCCAAGGACGCCGCGCACACCAACCACUCCGGGAUUUAGUGGGUCAGGCUUACCCAAUGGAUAUCCCCGUUAUCCAUCUUUUGGAGAUGCAUCAUCACAUCCGUCUAGUAGACAUCCCUCAGUAGGUAGCACCCGCCUUCCUUCUGUAGGAGAAGAAUCAACACAUCCGUUACUUGUUCCUGAAGAUCAUGUGCAUACGUAUGUUAACACAACUGGGAUUCAGGAGGAUCAAAAUUCCAGACCAAGUGUUCCAGCAUCCCUGGAGCUUCGCUCUCCCAGUGCAGAAGGAAACCAGACUCGAAGUGAGCAGCCACCCAUUCCAGAUAGAGAACCACAGGUUAUUUUAGAGCCUGAAGGAGUGAAGUUUGUUUUAGGACCAACUCCUGUUCAAAGACAAUUAAUGGAAAAAAAGAAACUGGAGAAACUUGACGAACACCAAGCUGUUGGAAAUGUUGGAAAUUGCAGUUGCCCAAAUAACACAGAAUGGGACACUGGGUAUGACAGUGAUGAACGUCGCGAUACACCUUCUGGCAAUAAAAUGGUGUAUGUGAAUGGAAUAUCCAUCCCUGCUUCCGGGCCUAGGAGGGGGCGUGUUGCUCCGUCCAUCUCCACAGACAUACAAAAUAUAAACAAUUCUGCACAGAGAAGAACUGCAUUGAUAAACUAUGAAAAUUUACCCUCUCUUCCUCCAGUUUGGGAAGCCCGGAAGCCCAUCAAGGAGGAAGAUGAUAUUUUAGGACCAAAGACCGCGUCCCUAAAUGGUUUUCACAAUAACCUAGACUCAAUGCAUAAUUAUGUGAACACUGAGAAUGUUACUGUUCCACUGAGUGCUCACAAAGUUGAAUUUUCAAGGCGACAGAACUGUAUACCGACAGUCUUUAAUUUUGAUAUAAGGCGCCCAAGCUUAGAACAUCGGCAGCUUAAUUACAUACAGGUUGAUUUGGAAUGUGGCAGUGAUUCUGACAACCCUCAGACCCCCAAAACUCCUACCACUCCACUCCCGCAAACCCCAACUAGACGGACAGAGCUGUAUGCUGUGAUAGACCUUGAAAGGACUGCUGCUAUGUCCAAUCUGCAGAAAGCACUGCCACGAGAUGAUGGAACAUCUAGAAAAACUAGACACAACAGUACGGACCUACCCAUGUGAGCCUCAGAAAUCACGUCAUUUUGCACCUUUUUGUGAUUUUUCUUAACACAAAAAGAAAAAAAAAACUUCCACAUUUUAAACACUAACCCCUCUUUUUUAAUAGACUGAAAAUUACAUGUGUUUGUCGAAAGGGAAUUGAUGUAGAGCAGGUACUCGUGAAAGAUUCACAAUACAGUAGUAAUAUGUACUGUAUAGCUACUUAGCUGCAUUGCCAUUUUUUGUGCCUAUUUAAUUGGAUAGACUUGCAGUGACAUGCCAAUUUUGGUUUAUUCACAUUCUUUUUGCAUUUAGACUGACAUGGAAAUGCAGGACUUUUUUAAGAUGUCAUUUGCAGUACGAAUGUGUGAAAUAUAUACAGUAUGUAUUUUUUUAUACUAACUUUUUACGACGCCAGGUUUUUGCCAAAAAUGUCUCACCAGCAUUUAGGAUUAUGGACAUUGGUACGAGUGUAUAGUUGCAUUUGGGUGU